AUUAUUCCAGAGGAUUUCCGCGGUAACAGGUUUCUCUUUCCCUCUCUCUCCGCCCCUUUCUACGGCUUCUCUCUCCUUCCACCGUUGCCGGCGGCGACGCAGGCGCUCGCCGUCUCCUCUCUCAGGUCCUAAGAAGGCUGCUGUUGGAGCUGAGCUCCCCCUUCCCGAACAGACCUCACUGUGCAACCACAGGUCCUAAGAAGGCUGCUGUUACUCUCCCUCACGCGCGCGUGCGUGCACACACACCAUCUUUACUGGCUCUUCUACUUUUCCUGUCCCUAACAAGUGCUAUCAUGGACGAAUCAUUUACAAUCCAGUUAAGCUCCAACUUAGUCAACCGGCUUGUGGAUGAUGGAGACAAGCUAAAGAGAAAAACAAAGAAACCCAGACCAAAGGUUCCACCUGUCUCUCAACAAAAGCAGACCAUGGUGCGACAGAAGCAGACCCCUGUCAGUCCUGACAUGCACAAGGGUGCCGCUAGCGGGGGAUGGCCGCUGCAAUCCCCAUUGUUCUUGCCUGUAUCCCCACCUCCGCCCACAGUUGCAAAUGCUGAGCUGGAUGCAAUACGUUCCGUCCUUCAAGAGAGUGAAAGUGUUUUAGAGAGGUUAAAAAAGCAAGAGGCUAACAUGGCACAGGAAGUAACACAGAAGGCUAAGGAGCUCCAUGAUAAGGAGUUCAAGCUGCCGUACCAGAAGCCAAUGCCCUGUUUAGCUGAGAAAGAUGCUUGCUUGGAGUGUUACAAGGAACAUGCCAAGGACCCGCUGAAAUGUGCCCAUGUGGUGAAAACAUUUGCAGAUUGUGCUCGUGUUGCUAGGCAGCAGGUGAGUGUCACGUCUGAUAAAUAGGCCGUUCAAAACAUUAGCAUGACUGCAAGCGAUCGACAUUUUUCUUCCAUGAGUGUAAUCUGAUGACCGGCCUAACUAGUAUUUCGGUUUUGGUCAUGCUAAUAAGCGCAUGAAACUGUUGCUGGAACUUUGUCACAGCUCAUAAGUGUUCUUUUCUGAUUCA